AUGCCUCCUGUGCCUUCAAUGCCUAGAUGGAUAAAAUCCGAGACAGAGACUAAUCGAUCCAGCUCUGAUUCAGAAUCCACGGAUUCAGACUGGUAUGACCUCGAUUCGAUAAAACCCCGAAAGAAUCAUGUUCAUAUUAAAAAGAAAAAGGUUGUCUCUCCUAUCCGAAAACAUCGUAAAAAUAAGCAUACCAACUGUGUCCGCAUUCCAGAUUAUGUCAAUGAUGAAGUAAAAAUCGAUACUCAUCCGUUACAAUAUCAAUCAUCUCCUCCUGAUCUGCUAUUAAUUCCCGAAAAAGCUGUUUAUCUUCAUCCGUAA